UCCGCCCCCUGCAACCCGAGAAAGACCACCAGGAUGCAAAACAGUAUUUGUGGGCGGCCUGCCUGAAAAUGGGACAGAACAGAUCAUUGUGGAAGUGUUUGAACAGUGUGGAGAGAUCAUUGCUAUUCGGAAGAGCAAAAAGAACUUCUGUCACAUUCGCUUUGCUGAGGAGUACAUGGUGGACAAAGCCCUUUAUCUGUCUGGUUACCGCAUUCGCUUGGGCUCUAGUACUGACAAGAAGGACACCGGCCGGCUGCAUGUUGAUUUUGCACAGGCUCGAGAUGACCUGUAUGAGUGGGAGUGUAAACAGCGCAUGCUAGCACGAGAGGAGCGCCACCGGAGAAGGAUGGAAGAAGAAAGAUUGCGCCCACCAUCCCCACCCACAGUGGUCCACUAUUCAGAUCAUGAAUGCAGCAUUGUUGCUGAAAAACUAAAAGAUGAUUCCAAAUUCUCAGAAGCUGUGCAGACCUUACUCACCUGGAUAGAGCGAGGAGAGGUGAACCGUCGCAGCGCCAACAACUUUUAUUCUAUGAUCCAGUCGGCCAACAGCCACGUGCGCCGCCUGGUGAACGAGAAAGCUGCCCAUGAGAAAGAAAUGGAAGAAGCAAAGGAGAAGUUCAAGCAGGCCCUUUCUGGAAUUCUCAUUCAAUUUGAGCAGAUAGUCGCUGUGUACCACUCUGCCUCCAAACAGAAGGCAUGGGACCACUUCACAAAAGCUCAGCGUAAAAACAUCAGCGUUUGGUGCAAACAAGCUGAGGAAAUUCGCAACAUUCAUAAUGAUGAAUUAAUGGGAAUCAGGCGAGAAGAAGAAAUGGAAAUGUCUGAUGAUGAAAUAGAAGAAACAACAGAAACAAAAGAAACUGAGGAAUCAGCCUUAGUAUCACAGGCAGAAGCUCUGAAGGAAGAAAAUGACAGCCUCCGUUGGCAGCUUGAUGCCUAUCGGAAUGAGGUAGAACUGCUCAAGCAAGAACAAGGCAAAGCCCACAGAGAUGAUGACCCAAAUAAGGAACAGCAGCUGAAACUCCUGCAACAAGCCCUGCAAGGAAUGCAACAGCAUCUACUCAAAGUCCAAGAGGAAUACAAAAGGAAAGAAGCUGAACUUGAAAAAAUCAAAGAUGACAAGUUGCAGGUGGAAAAAAUGUUGGAAAAUCUUAAAGAAAAGGAAAGCUGUGCUUCUAGACUGUGUGCAUCAAACCAGGAAAGUGACUACCCACUUGAGAAGACCAUGAACAGCAGUCCGAUCAAAUCUGAACGUGAAGCACUGCUAGUGGGGAUUAUCUCCACAUUCCUUCAUGUUCACCCAUUUGGAGCAAGCAUUGAAUACAUCUGUUCCUACUUGCAUCGUCUUGAUAAUAAGAUAUGCACCAGUGAUGUGGAAUGUCUCAUGAGUAGACUCCAGCAUACCUUCAAGCAGGAAAUGACCGGAGUUGGAGCCAGCCUGGAAAAAAGAUGGAAAUUCUGUGGUUUUGAGGGUUUGAAACUCACCUGAAUCUCUUUGCCUGACAACCUGGGAUCCUGAAAAUAAGUGUGUGUUGGACAAGUUUGAAAAGUGAUUUGUGUUUUCAAUGGUUUUCAAGUGGGAAUUACUUUGAAUUUGUCAACUCAUUUCUGGAAUAUCUUUUGAGUUAAAAUAAGGAUCCUAGAACAGCACCUCAAGCUACAGGCCCUAAAGAGAAAUUGCCUCAAACCUCAAGUGCUGUAAUGUCCUCCCCUUUCUGUCAAUUGGUUGUCUUUUCUUAGUAGCAGUAUUGAAAGAGUCUUGAGGCUAAAGAGUGUUGGAGUGUUCUCAGUGUCUGUACUACUGUUGUAGACUUUGGUAUUUUUUAAAACACUGUUAACUGAAAUGUUUUGAUGACUUCUAUGUGAUUUGUGUUUCCAAACUUCUCUUCACAUUAAUGUUGCUACUGGUGAAAGGAAUGAGAGGAACGCCAGGUACUCUGUGUAGCUGCCGUUGUCUUUCCAAUCCUCAGUAGACCAGUAAAUGAAUCACACAUCAGCAUCUUCUAGAAGGUGCUUCAUGUUCACCCUUUAAAUAACAAAGCAUGGUUUGUGGCUUUUUGCAAAAUUACUAUGAACCAAAAGUUGACAAAUGUUCUAAAGCUAUUUUCUCUAAUAUAUCAGAUAAAAGGUCUAUUUCAGAAUUUUUAAAAAUAAAUCUAGAUGAAUCUGCAGAAAGCGAGUAUCCAGUAUGAUUGGCAUGUGUUCGUGCUAUUCAGAAUCACUUGUAAAUAGUCUGCUUUUAAAGGAGGGCAUGUUUAGUUUUCUAUGGAUCAAAACACGCUCACACAUGGGUGCACACUCACACACAUGUACACACAUUAGCAGAAGGGGGUGAUUUUAUUAUCCUUUUCCCUCUGGCCUUCUUACAGUCUGUUGGUCCCUCUUCUGCUGCUGUCAGUGUGUUGAAUUGCAAACCGUGUAUUGCUGUAAAUACUAUGUUUUACUUCAUGCUGAAUGUUUGCAAAGAGUUGAUAUGAGUAUUAAUAGUAAUGAGUUAAUUAAUAAUGAGCCAGGGUAUAUGAGGCUUCCUGCAAUUAGGUCAGCUGCACCUGGAGUUCUGACUGCCAGGGCCACCUCCAGUUCUGCGGUGCCCAACAGCAGAUCGCAAUGGCAGAGUGUGAGUGGACCAGUCAAGAUGUUCUGCUUGGUGGAAAAGAAAAGGAAAGGAUGGAGGUUUGGGGCUAAUAUAGUGAGGCAGAGAUGGUCUCUAUUUUGUGGAGGUGGUGGUGGUGCUUAUAAUAACACAAGCAUGCCCUCCCUUGAGUCUCGAUUAAACAGGAUGUACUGAGUAAGGAAAGCCAAUGGAAAGUAUUUCACAAAAAUACUUUGUAAAUGAGAUGUCAUUAGUGUUCAAAGUUGUAUUUUUCAAAGAUAAAUAUUCCUUUUUUUAUACCUCA